CCAUCUCCUCCUCUACCUCCUCCAUCUCCUCCAGCCUCUCCUCCUCCAUCUCCUCCUCCUCCUCCUCCAUCUCCUCCAGCCUCUCCUCCUCUACCUCCUCCUGUAUCUCCUCCUCUACCUCCUCCAGCCUCUCCUCCUCCAUCUCCUCCUCUACCUCCUCCAUCUCCUCCUCUACCUCCUCCAUCUCCUCCAGCCUCUCCUCCUCCAUCUCCUCCUCUACCUCCUCCAUCUCCUCCAGCCUCUCCUCCUCCAUCUCCUCCAGCCUCUCCUCCUCCAUCUCCUCCUCUACCUCCUCCAUCUCCUCCAGCCUCUCCUCCUCCAUCUCCUCCUUUACCUCCUCCAUCUCCUCCAGCCUCUCCUCCUCCAUCUCCUCCUCUACCUCCUCCAUCUCCUCCAGCCUCUCCUCCUCCAUCUCCUCCAGUCUCUCCUCCUCCAUCUCCUCCUCUACCUCCUCCAUCUCCUCCAGCCUCUCCUCCUCCAUCUUCUCCUCCUCCAUCUCCACCAGAAACUCCUCCAUCUCCUCCAGCCUCUCCUCCUCCAUCUCCUCCUCUACCUCCUCCAUCUCCUCCAGUCUCUCCUCCUCCAUCUCCUCCAGUCUCUCCUCCUCCAUCUCCUCCUCUACCUCCUCCAUCUCCUCCAGCCUCUCCUCCUCCAUCUCCUCCUCUACCUCCUCCAUCUCCUCCAGCCUCUCCUCCUCCAUCUCCUCCAGCCACUCCUCCACCAUCUCCUCCACAACCUCCUCCAACACCUCCACCCUCUCCUCCACCAUCACCUCCAGUCUCUUCUCCUCCAUCUCCUCCACGCCCUCCUCCUACAACUCCUCCCCCACCUCCUCCAUCUCCUCCAGCCUCUCCUCCUCCAUCUCCUCCAGCCUCUCCUCCAGUCUCUCCUCCUCCAUCUCCUCCUCUACCUCCUCCAUCUCCUCCAGCCUCUCCUCCUCCAUCUCCUCCAGCCUCUCCUCCUCCAUCUCCUCCUCUACCUCCUCCAUCUCCUCCAGUCUCUCCUCCUCCAUCUCCUCCUCUACCUCCUCCAUCUCCUCCAGCCUCUCCUCCUCCAUCUCCUCCAGCCUCUCCUCCUCUACCUCCUCCUGUAUCUCCUCCUCUACCUCCUCUAUCUCCUCCAGCUCCUCUUGUACCUCCUCCAUCUCCU